AUGGAUUCCGAUAUAACAUAUCCAUAUGUUGAUCAACUCCUGCUCACGGAUAAUAUGCAUGAUCACAGCCAGCCUCCAUUGAAGAAGCAUAAGAAACUUUCUUCAUCAUCAGCUGCCCAUAAUAAUGUGAUCAUUCCAGACGACAUCAUCUCAAACAUCCUAAAGCGACUCCCGGUCAAAUCCUUAUUGAGGUUCAAAUGUGUAUCCAGGGAUUGGUGGCAUAUGAUAAAAACUCCUUGGUUCAUUGACAUGCACCGUCUCCACUCACAUCACCGACCGGAUGGGGUCAAGGUUCUGGCAACCACGGUUCAGAACACAACGAGGAGGCAAAAAAUUAUCCGCCGCGACCAAUAUUUCUUAUUGGUUGAUCCAGAAGGAAAUUCGAUGCCCGUUCCGCAUCCAAUGGUUGGCUCUGUCUGGGUACGACCACCUAAUGAUCGUGAUAGUCAGGCAGGUGUGGAAGGCCUAAUAUGUUUUAAAGACAUGGUAUGGAAUCCUACUACAAGAAAAACGUUUCAUCUUCCCGCACAAUAUUUUAAUGUGCCCCUAAAUCGUGGAGGUGGUCUAAAUAGAUAUAAAUUUGAGAAUUCUGACUACUUAGGAUUUGAUUCAUCUACUAAACAAUACAAAGUAUUAAGCAUCUGUGCUGGCUGCCGGGCGAAAUCAAGGCUUAGGAAGAAAUACACUAGUCACAGCAAAAGAAUUGAGUUUCUUCGAGGGAUGUUCCAAAUGCAAGUUAUCACUUUAGAAGGAGCUAAAUCGUCAUGGAGAGACAUCACUCACCAUAUUCCGGGAGAGGCGAUCAAGGACAUGACUCUCAUGUGGUCUCCCAUUAGCCCUAAUCUCUACCUCAAGGAUGAGAUUUACAUUUUGGUGGGAUAUCCGGAAUAUUUGGCUCUCAUGGUUUUUUCGGUCGGCCAAGAGACAUUUAGAUUUAUACAUCUCCCAAAAGAAAUAAAGCAUGCAGAAGCAAGGUGGUGGGUUAUGAUUGAGGUUAGCGAAUGUGUUGGUUUGAUGAUGGUGGAUGCAGAUACAGCUGGCAUAGAGAUUUGGAGGUUGAUCAACACGGUUAAUACCAGUAGCAUUCAUCAUAAUAAAGCUGCUGCUGUUGCUCGAGAAGAGUGGCAGAAAAUAACUUAUACAGCUUGGCCCACAAAUCUCUAUCAUCCAAAAAUCUCUAACCCUGAAUCCCUACGAGAACCGUUUGUGCGUUGCGCUAUCGGUAACACUGAGAAUCUCGUUCAAACAGUGAACGAGGGGAACACCGAGUACUAUUUCUCCUACUGGGACAUUAGACAACGAGUUGUGAAGGAAGCCCCAACAAAGCUACAGGAGAUUCUUCAGCGUUAUUACAUCUUUUCUAAACAUGUCGAAACUUUGUUUGAUCCCGAGUUCCCAUAA